AUGCCCAACUCUAACGAACUCAAUGUCUACUUGGGUCAGGACUCGCUCAAGAAGUACUUUGACCCGGACUCGCAGCCACCACUGCCCCUGGUCGAACUCCCUGAGUACCUGAACCCCUACUACAACGAUGGCGUCCGGAUCUACGCAAAGAUGAUGACGAUGCAUCCUGCCAACAACGUCAAGGCUAUGCCCGCAAUGAACAUGCUCGAGUCCAGCGUCACCCCCGGCAAAACCAAGACAAUCAUCGAAUACAGCUCCGGCUCAACCGUCAUCUCCAUGUCCAUGAUCGCCCGCGUAAUGCACGGCAUCACCGACACGCGCGCCUACCUCAGCAACAAGACCAGCGACGCAAAGCUGAAACUCAUGCAGUUCUUCGGGCUUAACAUCAGCCUCUUCGGCGGGCCCUCGCAGCCAGAACCAUACGACGAGCGAGGCGGGAUCCAGAGUGCGCGCCGCAUGGCCACGGACUCAGACGCUAUCCUCAACCCCAACCAGUACGAGAACGACAAGAACUGGCAGAGCCAUAUCCGCUGGACGGGGCCGCAGAUAUACAAGCAGCUUCCGGCCAUCACUGUUCUCUGCGCGGGAAUGGGGACGUCGGGGACUAUGACCGGCUUAGGGACGUACUUUAAGCAGCUUAAGCCGGAGGUUCUGCGGUUGGGAGUUUGUACGGCGCCUGGGGAUCGGGUUCCGGGGCCGCGGUCGUUUGCGCUUAUGAGGCCCGUGGAGUUUCCGUGGAAGGAGGCGGUUGAUGUUAUUGAGGAGGUGAACUCGUAUGACUCGUUUUCGCUUUCGCUGGACUUGUGUCGGGAGGGGAUUGUUUGUGGGCCGUCGUCGGGGUUCAAUCUGCAGGGUCUCUUCCAGAUGCUGGAGAAGCGGAAGAAGGAGGGUACCUUGGCUGAAAUUGCUGGGCCGGAUGGUGUGAUUCAUGCUGUCUUCCUCUGCUGUGACUUGCCGUAUCAGUAUAUCGGCGAGUACUUCAGCAGACUGGGAGACGAGAAGUUCCAUCCCAUCAAGAAUGAGAACCUAACGAAAGUCGACCUCCACCGAUACGACGAGAGCUGGGAAAGAUCGCCCAUCGUCCUAUUCACGCACUUCUACACCUCCCCGACCUCGCACAAUCUUCUCGACAACCUCACCCUCCGCCCGGAUACCUGCGUCCUCGACCUCCGCACCGCGCCAGAUUUCGCACACUGGCAUCUCCCCGGCUCCGUCAACAUCCCGCUGAAGUCUCUUACCAGCCACACACCUAAAACCUUCUCCAGCCCCUCCGUGCUAGAAGCACAGUGGCUAGAGCUUGAGUCUCUACUGAAAGAGCAAAGUGUCCUCUCUUCACUCGGAACCCAGCAUGUCCUGGUUAUCUGCUACCAUGGAGACACGGCGCGCGUAGCGACGAGUGUGCUUAGAGCACAGGGUAUCCAAGCCGAUAGUCUCCGCGGGGGAUACCAGGCGCUGAAGGACCAGGGGCUCUGGGGGGACAGAGGGGUCGAAGAGGUUGGGAAACACCAUGCAAAGAAGCUUGAGGCAGCGGUUCCGGCUGUGCCGAUUGAGCUGGCGAAUUGA